CUCAAGACAAUCUUCUAGAAGUUUGAGUAAUUAUGAAAUAUCUAAUGAAGAUACAAUAAAUUUUAUUUCUAUGUCAAGAUUAGUAGAAGAGGGGGUUGGUACUAGCACUGGAUCAGAUUCACUUCUUAGAAUCUUCCUUACACUAAAAAGAAUGAAUAUUGAUAGGUAUACUGCCCAUAAUAAAUCAAUAUUAAGAGUAAGAAUAGGUGAUGAAGUUUUCAGGUCUACCUUUUCUAAACAGCAUAAAAAUUCUUCAAGAAUUCUUGCAAAGUUUGCCAAAGAUAAAGAU